AGACAGACGUCACAGACAAUGCUCAAUAAACAAAGAUCACUGCUCUUGUUUGUUCCCACUCAUUCACUCACUCCCUUUACCUCAAACAAACCAGAAAAGAAACAAUAAUGCAGUCCAUGAUAAACCUUCGUGCUUCCCAUGGUGUUCCUCUCUGUCUCUCCGGAAUCACCACCACCCCUCUUGCUCUUUCCAAAGAAAUGGCAGAUCAUGACACUAGAAGAAAAGCCAUGAUCAGGAGGCAGAGAUCACAACAAGCCAGAGAUAGAGAGGGUACUCUGCUGCAUGCAGAUCAAGAAAACACUGAAAUGGAGAUCAAUCAUAUUGGAGAUCUGGAUUUCAUCCUUCAUGAUCUGUCACAUAUUAUUCACUUUGGUUUUCCAGCUAAAGCUGCUUAAUGAGCCUCUUCCACCAUUCACCAAAAUCAAAUCACCACUAUUUAAUUUCUUCACUCUGUUGUUGUAGAUCAAUGUUUGUUAUUGCUAAUUACUAUGUUGUUGUAAGUUGUAACUACAUCUUUCAAGUUGGAUCCUCUUUGUUCUCUAAGUUCUCUUACAUUUAUUUUAUUUUAUUUUGUUUAA